CCUUCUGCUCCUUCCAUGAAACAAUUUAGGGCUAUUUUUCUCUCACUAUAUCUCUAUUCUAAUCUAUACAUACAGAGGAGCUUCUCAUUCUGUCUCACUGAAAGAUCGUCGUCUGGGGUCUCUUCGUUCGCGUUCUAGGGUUUCGCGAGCUUCAAUCGUUUGGAUUUGGGAAUUUUCGAGAGUUUCUAGGGUUUUAAUGGCGUGAACCCCGGUUGGAAAUUGAUUGAUUUGCAGAGGAUCGAUAGAGCGAGCGAGAGACAGAGAGAAGGAAGAGAGUAUGGCGAACGAGCAGAGCGAGUACGAAGAGCAGCUCCUGGAACUUGGAAAUGGGCUCCUUCAUCCACCGUCUACGGUCGACGAACUCCUUCAUUUGCUCGACCAAGCUGAGAAUAUUCUCUCAAGGGUGGAACAGUCACCAUCCAAAUCAAUGCAAGCAGCGCUUGGUCCGUCUAUGAAGGCAUUGGUUGCAGAUGAACUUCUAAGGCAUCCAGAUGAAGAUAUAAAAGUCGCAGUUGCCUCUUGCAUGAGUGAAAUAACAAGAAUUACUGCACCAGAUGCUCCAUAUGAUGAUGAGCGGAUGAAGGAUGUCUUCCAGUUGAUUGUAUCAUCAUUUCAAAAUUUAUCUGACAACACUAGUAGGUCAUACAAUAAGAGGACCUUGAUUCUUGAAACUGUAGCCAAGGUCAGGUCAUGUGUGGUCAUGCUGGAUCUGGAGUGUGAUAGUCUGAUUGUUGAGAUGUUCCAGCACUUCUUGAAGUCCAUAAGGGAUUAUCAUCCGGAGAAUGUCUUGUUGUCCAUGGAGACAAUUAUGUCUCUUGUGUUGGAGGAAAGCGAAGACAUCUCAUUUGAGCUAAUAACUCCCCUCCUAGCUAGUGUGAAAAGGGACAAUCAGGAAUAUCUGCCAAUUGCGCAGAAAUUGGGGGAGAGAGUAUUUGAAAAAUGUGCACUAAAGCUCAAACCAUACCUGAUACAAGCUAAGAACUCCUUGGGCUUUUCUUUAGAUGAUUACAGCAAAGUUAUUGCUUCUAUAAUUGAUGGAAGAACAGGUUCUGCCGGAAAUAAUGAUGGCAAUGCUUGUGCAGAAGAGUGGACUGAGGAGAGCAAGCCUACGGGGGCAUCCUUGGAGGGGGCUGCUCAGGCUGAUGAGAACAAGUUGGCCAUGGCAUCUUCCACUGAGGCAACCGAGGACGGGGCUACUAGAGAAAAUGUGAAAGAGAGUCUUGAUGAAGCAGAUCAUCCUGCUACCAACAGAUCUUUGAAGGCUCUUAUGAGUAAUGGUGUUACAGAGUCUGGUAAUGAAGGCACAUCGGCAGACCUGGAGUCCACAAAGAAGCCAGAGCAUUCUCACCAAACUGAUCUGCCAGUUGAUACUAAUGUUAUGGGCAACGCAGAACCUGAUGAUUCUGAUAGUGGUAACAGAGUAAAUUUGGGGCCUAAGUCUGAACAAGCAUCGAAGAAAAGAGGAAGGAAACCAAAAUCUUCAAUCAACUCUGUAGAACCUCAUGAUUCAUCUCAAUUUGAUAGCAAUAAAGAAGCUAAAAGAUUGGAAGACACUGCAGAUGAUGACAAAAGUCAUAAAGCAGAAGUCCAUGGUUCACCUCCUAAGGGGUCAUGUGUUGAUCUGUCUGUUGAUACUAAUGUUAUAGGCAAUGCUGAGCCUGAUGACUCUGCUGAGAGAAUAAAAUUGGGGUCUAGGUCUGAACAAGCACCCAAGAAAAGAGGAAGGAAGCCAAAAUCUUUAAUUACUUCAGCAGAACCUCCUGACUCAUCUCAAGCUGAUAGCAAUAAAGAAGCUAAAAGAUUGACAGAAGCCCGGGACCACAACAAAAGUUGCACGACUGAAGUCCAGAGUUCACCUUCUAAGGAGGCAUGCGUCAAUAUCUCUGUGCCUGCAGAAACUGAAAAGGAGAAUGUUCAAAUUUCUUCACCCAAAGCAUUAGACAGUGAGCCAAUUGUCUCCCCAUCUCAAAGUGGGGAUGUUCCUGAUGAGGGUACUAAGAGAAAGUCUGGGCGACAAAAGAGGAAAAGCAAUCUGAUUCAAGAAGUUGCACCAACUACCCAUGUUUCUAAGAAGGCUUCUGAGGGUACCAGUGAUUCUGAAGUGAAACCGAAAAAACAUUCAGGGAAGAAAGUUCCAGCUGAGAGUGUCAAUGAGGAAAUAACUCCAGAUGUGGAGGAUAUAUCCAAGACUGAAGGUGGGAUCACUAGUUUGGAGGCAAAACCAUUGGAACAGUCUUGUCCAAUGGUAGAUGUAAGGGAUAAUGUUGGUGAUCGAUCCUCGUCAAAGAAGGAAGGUGGAAAACGGCGUGGACGUGGAAAAACUGCUUCAGAGGAUGAUGGAACAAAGUUCACUGUUAAAGAUGACAACAAAGAAAGGGGUUCUUCACCAAAGACUUCCUCAAAAUCAGCUAAAAUUGAAAGCCACUUAGAGGAAACCCCCAAUACAAGUUCCAAAAGAAAGCGUACACCUGGGAAAGUAGAAGCACCUGAUAUUGUUGAAUAUGAUCAUAACCUGGUUGGUAAAAAGAUUAAGGUUUGGUGGCCAAAAGACAAGGCGUUUUAUGAUGGUGUUAUUGAUUCAUUUGAUUCUGCUAAAAAGAGGCAUAAGGUUUUAUAUACAGAUGGCGAUGAAGAAAUAUUAAAUCUUAAAAGGGAAAAAUGGCAGUUUGUUAGAGACGACUCUGCAUCAGAUGGGGAAGAAGCGACCGAACGUCGAAGUCCUGAUUCUUCAGCUGAAAUACACAAAAGGAAGAAAGCAAAAGUCAAUCCUGAACUAUCAGCUAAGCAAGGAAAUAUUGAGGGUUCACGGGGCGAAGCUUCUUCUGGCAAAUUGAAAGGUGCAGCUACAAGGUCUGGUCGUAAGUUGAGGGAUGACGAUGAAGUUAAAUCUGAGGACGAACAUGAUGGCAAAACUGAGUACCGUUCUAAAAGAACUGCUGGUAAAUCUGCUGGUGAUGCAUCCAAAACAGCUGCCAAAUCCAAAGAUACCGAUGAUUGCUCGCCAAAUACCAGCACCAAGGCCAAGGUGGACGCCUCAAAAACUGGCACCAAAGACACUCCGAGAACUGGUCCCAACUCCAAGGGUAAAGCCUCCUCCAAAACUGGCAACAAAUCUGAUGCUGAUGGUUCUGGGACGGCAAAAUCUGGCUCAGCAAAGGUGAAAGAAACCGAGGGAAAGGGAACAGUGAAAACACCAGAAAGUGCAAAGACAGGGAAGGGGAAGUCACCAGGUACAUCAAGGCGGCAAGAGACAACCGAUGGGAAGAGUGGAAAGAAGCGCCGGCGAGGGGGCUAUUAGGCGACGCUUGGGCUGUAGCUGUUUUUGUCCAGUGGCACAAUCCCUUGUUCCAUCUGCUGCAUGUCUUCUUCUUCUUCCUCUUCCUCUUCUUCUUCUAUAGCUCUAGGGGUGCAUCUUGUGCAGUAAGCCGUGCAUUUUUGUAGUAGCUGUUAUUAUGCUUUUGACAUAAUUCUCGAGUUUGUGGCUCUGGUGGGUGGUGGCUUGUUUAGCUUUUACAGUAGUGGUGGUAGGGUGAGAUAAGUAAUUCAAUUCCAACUUGUACUCUUUGCUUUAGAGAUGGGAUGGGUUAAAUUUAUCUUAUAUUGUUACUUCUAGAGAAUAGGAGUAGUCUCCCUUGUUUUGUGGAUCAAAGUUGAAACAUUUUCAGGUUUGCUUCACAAUAGCCUGGUUGCUCUUGAGCAAUAAUGACAUCAAUUAAGCAAA